GGUUUGGAAAUUAUUUUACGAACAUCAGUGUAUAAGUGAAAACAAUCGUAUGUUAUAAAAAACAAAUGUAGCAUUAUGAGCAGCAUUAUACUUAAUUCAUUUAGAUAUAUCGUUAUUCUGCUAGCGAACUAGCAUGCUAUUCAGCUAGGCCGCUAGAAUUUACGCAGAGGAGAGGAUAACUUGGCAGUAAGCGAUUCUGAAAGGUUUACUAGCAUGAAAGCUAAGCCUUGUAUUAGUUAAUGGAAAUUUAGCUAGUUGGUUGCGUUCCUUAUUUUACUGUUAGGGAAUUAUCUCGCCAGAAAAUAACAUGAGUACUCAAUCGGACAGCAACAAGCGGUCCGAAUCAAAGAAGCGAAGCUUUAGCCCAGAGCCAGGGUCUGAGUCCCCACUUUCAAAGCAGGCUAAAGUAGAUGCUUUAGAAGAGCCAGGUCCAGUUAAAGGGCACGUUAAAGACGACGGACAGGGGCAGAGUGAGACUGGUGACUUGGAAGAAAAUCCAGAACUUCGUGAAGUGACUGGACAGACGGAACAAGAACUCAAGUCUGCAACUGCUAAUUCAGCAAAAGAUGACAAAAUUAAAGACGCUCAGGAGCGCAAGAGAGGAGACACGGAGGAUGCGCAAACACCAAAUGGCAAAAGUGGAGACGCCGAUGGAUGCGCUAAAAAAUCUGCACUCUCAACUUCCCAAGAGCAAUCAGAUUCAAGGGCUAUCGCAGCGGCAGAAGUGCUGGCAAGUUUAACUAGAGGGAACGAGGACGAAGACAAUGAAGAAUUGCCUUGUUCUUCAAAGCAAGCUGGCCAUGAAGGAUCUAGAGGUAAAUCGAGCCGACUUGUCUGUACUAAAGAGAGCUCUAAACCCGACAGAGGUCAACAGGCAGAAGCGGCGGUCGCAGAUAGUUCUUCAUCUCUGUUAAAUCGGUCCGACAGAGAAGGCGCAGAGCAAAUGUCUUACAUGAAUGAAGAGGAUGAUUCCCUACAUGGAUCUUCAUCUACGCCUAGCUCUUCUCUUGCUUCUGAGAACGAUGAUAACGAGGAUGGUGAGUGCGCCAUAGUUUCGGUGAAAAUGGCGCCAGAGAUACGGCAGUCUGUGGCCCUUCUUGCACAGGUACAGAUGCGUCUAGACGCAUUGGAGAAGAAAGGCGCGCGACUUCACCAGCGUCUCGAGCUCAAGUUGGGUAGGCAGCGGCGCCCGCACUUGGACCAGCGCAGCGCCAUCACCCAAGCCAUCCCAGGCUUCUGGGUCACGGCACUUCUGAAUCAUCCUCAUCUAUCAGCACACAUUGAUGAAAAUGACGAAGAUGCCCUCAGCUACAUGACCAACUUGGAGAUCGACACUUUCAAGAACAACAAACUUGGCUACCGGAUUAGCUUCCAUUUUAGACGGAAUCCAUACUUCCAAAACAAUGUUAUAGUGAAGGAAAUCCACCUGGGGACAAGAGGUUCCCCGGUGUCUUUCUCAAACCCAAUCCUUUGGCACAGAGGACAGAAUUUGACAGGAAACGGUGAACCGAGGCGUACGGCACGUGGGGUUUACCAGAGUUUUUUCAACUGGUUCAGUGACCAUAGCAACCCUGGCCGAGAUGACCUCGCGCAGAUCUUGAAGGAUGAUCUGUACAGAAACCCUCUCAGAUACUAUUUAACUCCUUUAUGGGAACCCAGAGAAAACGGCAGUGCACCCAAAGCUUCUGACAACAGCAACGGAGACGAGUGUGUGGUGAUCUCAGACUCAGACGAUGACAACCAGGAGGAAGCCGGUCACAGACUGCGUAUGGAGCGAGAGGAAGAGGAUGAUGACGAAGAAGAGGACGACGAAGAGGAGGAGGAGGAAGAAGAGCAAGUCGCAGACUCUGACGACAGUGACCGGGGUGCUGGAGACUCCUCAUAUGAGGAAAAGGAGGAAGAGGAGGUGGAUGUAGAGGAGGUGGAUGAGUCGCAUGACUCAGGGGGUUGUGAGGUGAGAGAAGAGGAGCAGGUUGAGGAGGACGUUGACGUUGACGACGAGGAUGAGGGCUAAAAACAGCCCGUAACGUUUUCUCCAUCGUACUAAGCAGAGGAAGCUCAGUUAACUUUUUUUUUGU